GUGUUUGAGGCUGGCUUCACAAAUAGUGUGCGUCAUAGUUGGCAGGGCGCAUGGUUAUUUUAGGAAUUGAAUGAAUGUACAGGUGACCAAACUACAGGUAUUUUCGGUGAAACAGGUAUCGCACAUCCAGAAAUGAAAAUAACUUAUUUCCUUAUGAACUUUCUCAUCACUUCAUUGAGCGUUAUGGUUGGUUUGUCAUUCUCUAAACUCGCCAGGCCAACGAUACCGGCUAUAGCGCAUUACUUUGGGACAAAAGGCAGGUACGAGGAAGUGAACCCACAUCUAUUAGAUGACAUUUUGUUUGUAAACAGAUCGCUGCUGGCUACCCCCACUCCUGAUUGCCAUGCCAUUCAUAUGGUGUCGGUGAUACGUCACGGGACGCGCUAUCCAACCACCGAAAAUGUGAAAAAGAUCGCACGACUGUUUGAUCUGGUCGUGUCUGACGCGUCAGGUUCAGCCUCAAGGCUCAGUGACAUUAAAACAUGGAAGAUGUGGUACACUGAAGACAUGGACGGGAGACUGGUGGAGAAAGGGCGAGAUGACCACAGGCAUUUGGCUAUGAGACUGGCACGGUCAUUUCCCACCUUGAUUUCUGAGGAUCACCUCCGUGCCAACCGCAUUGAAUUCAUCACCAGCUCCAAGCACCGCUGUGUUGAUAGUGUUAAAGCUUUCCAAGAGGGUCUUUACAGACUCUGGGAUGUUCAGGAUAUGGAUUACAAACACUAUGUGGAUGAUUCACUCAUGAGAUUCUUUGAUCAUUGUGAGAAAUUUGUUGCAAGUGUUGAGAACAAUAAAACAGCUUUGAAGGAGGUUGAACGCUUUAAAUCUUCAGCAAAAAUGGAUGUAGUACGGAGGAAAUUAUCCAGUCGCCUUGAGAUUCCAUACAAUCAAAUCACCCCAGAAAUGGCAGAGGCAGUUUUCUUUUUGUGCUCCUAUGAGUUUGCCAUCAAGUCAGAGAACUCUCCAUGGUGUGAUCUGCUGGAUGAGUCUGACGCUCAAGUCCUGGAGUAUAAAAAUGACUUGAAGCAGUACUGGAAGAGGGGAUACGGACAUGACAUUAACCGUAAAUCCAGCUGCCCUCUCUUCCAUGAUAUUUUUAAGCGUCUUGAUAAGGCUGCUAAUGACCACAGAUUUGGGGAGGUAAAAAAGACUGCCACCAUCCAUGUUGGUCAUGCUGAGACACUGCUGCCUCUGCUCUCUCUGAUGGCCUUCUUCAAGGAUGAAAAACCUCUAACUGCAGAGAAUUUUUCAUCGCAGCACAACCGCACAUUCCGCUCUAGUCAGAUUGUACCUUAUGCUGCGAACUUAGUCAUUGUCCUGUAUGAAUGUAGUGAUGGACUUAGAGUACAGUUGUUUCUAAACGAGAAGCCCAUGACUUUUCCUAGCAUGAAUCAUUCAGCUCCACUGUAUGAAACGGUCAAAAAGCAUUACUCAAAGCUCCUUCAUGGCUGUGAUUUUAAUAAGGAAUGUGAUGUGCCUCAACCAAACCUCAGGAACACUGAACUGUGAGUCAGGUUAUUAAAUAGUGGAUUACAGGGAUCAAUUACUGUGCUCUUGCAAUGACUGUAUCUUCACUUUUGAUUCUGUUAUUAUUUUCAUACUGUGGUUUGAGGUCCAGAAUAUUGUUUUAUUUAUUUUACAGGCUACCAAAUUGCCAAGGGGUGGACAUUUGUGCUUUAAGAAUGAUUUCUGUGUGUGUUUUUGUUUUAUUUGCCAAAGUACUAAAGGAAUAUGGGUGUACAGUGCCAAAUAAUUUGUAAUUUUUUUAAUAAAUGCAAUUUAACAGAAUACAAAUACAUCAUGGCCCGGUUUCACAGACAGGGCUUAGACUAAGCCAGGAUUAGGUCUUAGUUCAAUUAGGAUAUUUAAGUAGCUUUUAUAAACAUACCCUAGAAAAAAAACACUACUGGUGUGAAUCUUGAGACAAAACAAUGGCAGUGACAUAUUUUAAGAUAUGGCAGUGCAAGAUGCUUUCAGUUAAAAAAGCUCAAACAUGCAUUUUAGUCUAGCAUUUAGUCAUCUUUAGGACUAGCUUAAGCCUUGUCUGUGAAACUGGGGGAAAGUGUUGUUAUACCAAACUGCUUCACGACAUCCCAUAAAACCUUGAAAUUGUGAUAUUUCCUCUUUUAUUUGUCAAGACAAACAUUCCAUGAAACAUCAUAAUCAUAAGAUUAAACAACAAUAGCAAGCAUUGCAAGAACAAGGAAAAUAAGUAAUAUAAAAUAUAUAAAUACAAUAAAAAUGACAUAAAUUAAUGAUAAAUAGAAUAAAUAAUUAAAUGAUACAUAAAUGGCCAAUGGUUAUAAAUGAUAAAUGGUAUAAAUACUCAAAAGAUAAAUUACAUAAAUUAUUAACGAUUAUAAAUGAGAACAUGAAACGAAAAUGAAGAAAACAAUUGUGUUUUAUUUUCUUCAUUUUCUUAAUUUGCUUGCUCUCUUGAAGAUAUACACACACAGGUUGCUACUGAAACAGAUCCUUAGAUUCUUCAGCUAUUUAUAAAGCCUUUUAAUACAUUAAAGUGAAACAAAUGAUUUUGUCCUCAAAGUAAUCCCCCAAAGAGCUGUCAAUGGCAUACAAAAAUAUAUUUAAUUUUAAAUGUCAAUAAUCACUGUAUCUUAAUUAUGAUGACAUAACCAUCAAAGAUAAGGUCUGACUGUUUGAAAAAUGAAAGGGGAUGUUUGUACUCUUUUAUUGUGCUGUUUUCUGUCUCUUUAAACCAAAACACAUAAAGUGACUGAAGCACUGA